CUUCUACCAAAGAAAUACAGUACUAUCACCUAAAUCCUUAAAAGGGGCCAUAGCUAGAUCAAGUAGCAACCAAACCACCACUUAGAAUCUCCCAAAAUCUCUCUCUCUCUCUCUCUCAUGGAUAACCAGAGGAGUCCUCUUCUUGCUUGGGCUUACUACUGCCAGGGAAAGAGCUUGGAUGAGCUGAGGCAGUCUCUUUUGGUGACAACUCUUGAGUUUGAAACCACAAGGCUGAAAGCAGAGGAAGAAAUCAGAGUGAGAGAUGACCACUUGAACCACUUGAAAGAUCUGCUCUCUGAGGCCAUCAGAGAAAGAGACGAAGCCCAAGAAAAAUGCCAAAGGCUGCUCUACGAGAAGCUCCUGCUCCAGCAGCAGCACCAGCAGCUGCAGAUUCACCAACUCCAAAAACAACAGUGCCACCAAACAGCCCCUCUCUCUGGUAUUUCAAGCAUCGAAGAUGAGAGCAAAAGAGGGCUGGACAACUUGGACUCCAACAAUGGCUUUUCCACCUCAGACUGUGAUGAAAGCAUUGUCUCAUCCCCGGUGGUCGACCCAAUUCCGGUCCCGGCGCCGCCGCAGCUGGAGGAGCCAAUGGGUCCACUCGUUUCUGAUAAGCCAUUGCCGGAAAAAGGGAAGCUUUUGCAGGCAGUGAUGAAGGCCGGGCCACUCCUCCAGACCCUCCUUCUGGCGGGCCCACUUCCCCAGUGGCGCCACCCUCCGCCGCCGAUUGAUUCCUACCAGAUCCCGCCGCCGCCGGUGGCCAUUCCGGCCCCAAACCCACCAGCCCAACUCCUCCACCAAGAUUCUUUCCCCAGCAUGAGUACUUCUUGCAAGGGCAACAACAUUGACAACUGUGGCAGAGUUACUAGGAAAAGGGGGCUGUGUGAAGGCUCAGAUUCUCCAACAGAGAUCAAGUACCAAAGAGUUGUUCUCCAUUAACAACCCACCAACCACCACAGACAGUUUUACAGGGUAAUCCAAUUCCACAUAGUUAGAGAGUUGAGAUAUAUAUAUAUAUAUCUAUCUAGCAUGUUAUACUACCGGUACUACUAAUUAAGAAGUGUAGUAAUGAUGAUUUUUGCAAGUCUGGUUCUGCAACUACUACUACUGAUCUAGUGCUUGUACAGAGAGGAUGAGAGGUCUGUUUGUUUCCAGUUCAAGAGUUAGUUAACCCUCUGCUCUGCUGAGAAGAGGAGGGUUUUUUUUUUUUUUCCUGGGCUUUUUUAAGGCCAGCGGUGCAGUGUUGAGGGGAGAUUUUAUUCUCUUGGUUGGUUGGUUAACAUUUGAGUGUUUUUUCUUGCCCCAUGAUGUGAAAGAGGGGCUUGAUUUCUCCACAAGACAAAAAACUACGAGACGUUGAAAUAUUAGUAUUAGGGUAUAGGCCAUAUACAGCCGCGUGUCAUUUGCUGGUGUCUGUUUGUGUAUUGAGAGAUGGGGAGAGAGGGGAGAGCGGGGGGACUACUAGUAGUAGUAGUAGUUGAUAAUGGACGAUGGAAGAUGGGGUGGCCAACAACCACAAGGCCAAGGGGUCUACUUGUCGGUUUUAGGUCCCACAAAUCAGAAUCAUGAUCUGCUGCUGUUAUUAUUCUUAACUAUUUUGUCAUCUAUCAUUACACUUUAAAUUGCUCGCU